UUUUAAUUUUAAGGUUUCAUUACUUGUGGAGACUUUAUAAAACUGCCCUAAUUAUCCUACCCGGAAAUCUAUAGAUCAAAGAUUCAAAUAGAAAAAGAUGCCGGCCUGUAUUGUGACUAAGUGUCGUAACAAAUCUGGCCGCCGAGGACAAAGUCCCCAUAUAAUAAUGCACUAUUUUCCGAAUGACAUUGACCGUGUAGUUUUGUGGCUUGCACAAACUGGUCAAAAAUUUGCUGACAUCAAUGGUGUGGCCAAAAAAAUUGCCGAAGGAAGAAAAUCUAACAAAUAUGUCAUUUGUUCAGAUCAUUUUGCAGAGGAUUGCUAUAAAAACACUCAUUACGGAAGAGUUUUGAACAAGGAUGCAGUUCCUACCAUCUUUCCAGAUGUGGUUGAUGGAGAAAGUAUUAUUGAGGAAACUUUAAAAAAACCAACUGGACACUCUAGAAAGCGAGUUCGGGAUCCUGAUUUACCUACAACAAGUCUUUGCGAAAAUAUUUCUCCGGGUGAACCUAUUCUACCAGAAAUUGUAAAGUAUGGUAUGUGUAGUGUAUCAACCCAAACUGACUACAAUUUGACCAAUAGCAGAGUGUACUUGUUAUCCACUUCUCAAUCAUUAAACGAAGCCCAACUAUCAACUCAACAAGAACAAUGCCUUUUGAAUCCAAAUAUGUCCACACCUCUACAUCAAGGUGUACGCAGAGUUCUUGAAAGCAGUCCAGGAUUUUCAUCACCUCUAAAAAAAAAAAUUAAUCUAGAUUUUGAAUUAUUGGAUCCGGAUUCAAAUAUUAUGUCAAAGAUAUAUCCUUUAUCACCAAUUCUAACAACAAACUUAGAACAACCUGAAGUUAAUGAAGAUGAAAUAUCGAUCAAUGUAGAUGAAAGUUUACAGAACGAAUCUGAAUAUCUCCCCGGAAUAUCAAGUUUGGAUGAUUCUGAAAAUUUUAUGUGUGAACCAUUAGUUUUAGAAAAAAAAAUUCUGAUCCAUGCAGGCAAUUUCUUCGCCCAGAAAACUUGGUCAACGAUAAAAAAUUGA